CAGAUAACACCUCCCGGGUAACUUCCAUCAAUUAUCCUCACCACGAAGGCAGCCUACUCACGCGACCUCCCUCUCUCUCGUUUCCUCUCCCAUCUAACCCGUCGCCACGAGCAUCGCCAGCCAGCGGGAGAGGAACUGGAUCCGCUCUCCCAUGCAGCCACACCAGCUUCGUCGCCUAGAGGGAGGAGAAGAUGGCGGUGGCGGCUUCGAUCUAUAUAUGAUCUGCCUCGAUGCGGGUCUCCUCCAGUGAGCGCCUAUGCGGCGACGGCGACGGCGACAACGAGUGGAGGAGAUGAAGCGGAGGCAACUCGAGGGCCUCCUAGGGGGCCUGGUCCAGUUCUCCCCCGCCGCCUCCUCUGCUCGAUUUGGCCUCCAAAAAAAGGCAGGCGAUGCUCUGAUUCAGCUGUAUACUCAUUUCAUCUCUGAUUUUGAGGUCAAGAUCAACCUUCUUAAAUCUUCUCACUUCGCGGUAGUAGUUUCACGCCAGUAUUCAGAUAAAGAUGCUGGUAUAAGCUAUCUCGAAGGCGUAAUUUCGAAGCUGCGUGAUACCAAGGAAUCACGGGUUGAAGAGCCCAUUCUGUAUGUGAAGAUGCAGAUUGCAAGUUUUCUUCUUGAGAAAGGGAAUCAAAAGGAGUGUAAGAAACUGGUAGACGAGGGUAAAACCACUUUGGAUAGCAUGGGCGAUGUUGAUCCUUCAGUACAUUCAACCUAUUAUUCAUUAUGUUCUCAGUACCAUAAAGUGUGUCAAGACAAUUCUGAAUUUUAUAAAAAUGCUCUUCUCUAUCUUGCAUACACAACAGUGGAGUCACUUUUAGAACCAUUCAGACAGAACCUGGCAUUUGACCUCUCACUUGCUGCUUUAUUGGGUGACAACAUAUACAACAUCGGGGAGUUGCUUGCCCAUCCAAUUCGAGAUCCACGAGGAGCACGAGGCGGUGCAGCAAGAUGGACAAAGACGGUGUGGCAGCGGGGUGGGCAAGAAGAUGAGGGGAUUGAGGAGAGGGUGGAGGCAACGACAGUUUGCAACAAAUAAACAUCUAUCAUUGGUUGCAGGUAAACCUGUGAAUAGUUUGGUCUAGAACCAUAGUUUCAAUUUGGUUUUGCUGUUGGGCUGCUUUGGUUUGGCUGAAAUGGGUUGAGCCCCUAUUAUAAUUUGGUUUGGUGUGGGCUUUUGUAAUUAAUAGAUUGGGUUGGUUUGGUCUGGACGGAGACAAAUUGGUCUCAAACCGUUUCAGUCCAUGGAUAAAAACCAAUAUAGCGACCAGUUUGACCUCACCCCGUUAGGCAAGACCAGCGCUAGGUUUAGAUGCAGCAGCCGCCGUCGCAGACGAGCCACAUGAGCAUGCGUCCGCCCCGCCAUCACCGAGAUCUCCGGUGACAAAAGUCAGCUCCUUCAUGCAGAACACGAGGAGCUCAGAGCCGAGGCCUUCGAUGACGCUGUUGACAAUGGAGAUGCACGCUGUUGACAAUGGAGAUGGCAGUGAGCUCGACCUUGCCGAUGUGGCCGACGGAGACGAAGCUAAUGAGGAACUGGAAGACUCCCGUCAGGAUCAUGGCCAGCGUCUCCGCGGCCGGCGCCACCAUCUGCUCUUUCGGUGCACACGCACAGACUACAAGCACACAGCAAGCUAGCCGCUGUUCGUACGUGCCUCGUAUCUUUCGUAGUUCUGUAUGUACAGGUUAAGUUUGGGGUUCAACGUUCCAGUUGCUGCUGAGUGACCCAUGGUUUGAAACUUUGGGUUCAAACUGUAUGUAGAAAAUGGUCUGGAUGGAUUUGGCUUGAAAAUACAUACAGUUUGGGUUGGUUUGGAUUGUAGUUUUUGCAAUUUGGUCUGGUUUGGUUUGAUCGCUGGACCUAUACAUGUAUGGUUUGGCCUGGGUUUAGUUUGGAUUACAAACUAUUACCAGGUUUAGUUGCAGGUUUGAGGACAACUAGCUGCAGGUCAUGUUCCAGAACCCCCCCUUUCAAUCUUCUCUCCCCAUGGACUGAAUAUGAGGAAAAUUGUGCUGACGAUCUUUUCUAUACUGAGCAAUGGUAGUUAUUUUGUUCCUGUGAAGCUCCAGGUUUGGCUGAUUGCUUGGAUGAUGAGUUUCAUAACCCACACAAGAAAUAGGAAAGAGAAGGUAAAGACAAGACACAAUCCAUUUGGUUUGUCAUUUUGAAGGCACAAAUAGAAACAAGAACACCAUAUAUGCUUUAUAAGGAGGAGCUUUGAAAGUUUGUCAGGGCAGAGAGGAUGGUUCUCAAGUAUGCUACUAUCAUUGAUGUUGUGUGGGAGCGCUAAAGAUUUGUGAAACUGCUAGCCACUAUCUACUUGUGCCUGCAAUUGUGUUUUAUACAGGACAGGGCUCUGCCGUUUCAGUGGUGCCAAGAUAUACCCGGGGAAUGUAUCAGAUUGGUCCAUUCAUACUCUCGAGUCCUCCUUUUGUCCAACUCAAAGUGCAAGCGCUAUUUCUGCAACCAUCUCAAGCCUGCUAAGCUUAUAUGGACUGCCAUGUACAGGAAGCAGCAGAAGAACGUAUACGGUGAUCUGAUUAGGAAGUGCAAGUACAAUGAUCUGGAUAUUCGUGUUGAGGCUGCAAAGAAGAGGCACCGGACCACCAAGAGUCCAUGUGGUCUCGCUGUUAAUCGCCUCUGGACGCGCCAUUGACGGCCAUAACCAACGUCUAUGCAUAGAAUCCAUGUGCCGUGUUUCCUGUUUCUCCGAGACCUUUUAAUUCUAUCGUAUGAUGUGAGGAAAUAUGCCUCUGCUUUAUCAUCUAUAUCAUCGUUCAUGUAACCUCUAAGAGUCCAGUCUUUGAAUGUGUUGCAUUCGUGCAACUGUCUUAUUGUUUCAGUUAGAAACUUCUCUGAAUGUGUUGCUUUUGCACAACUGUCUUAUUAUUUCAGUUAGAAACUUCA